GGUUGGAUGUACGCUCUCAAUAUAAUGCGAUAGUUGCGAUUGGUUUAACUUUUUACGAUGGGGAAAAUUUGCACAGGCCGACGUUCAUUUGCUGCAUUUGCUCCUCAUCGUUGGCAAGCAGUCUCGGCUACCCUCACCAGACGAAUCGGACUGCUACUACUGAAAUUAGUAAAAGUCUUCAUGGCCUAUAGCAAAGGGUGUGUUUUGGGUCUUGGGGUAGUCCUGGUUGGCUUAGGCAUAAUCACCGUGGUAUUUUUUGAUUCUGCUAUCAACAAACUUAUAUAUAAGGAGCUUGUGAUUCGUAAUGGAACAGACGUCUACAAGAACUGGAAGCAUCCACCCAUCACGCCACACCUACGCAUGUACUUUUUUAAUCUUACCAAUGAAAAAGAAUUUUUAGCUGGAAGUAAACCAGUCUUACAGGAAGUUGGGCCUUACUGUUAUAGGGAACAUUGGGAAAAGAUCAACGUAAAGUUCCAUGACAAUGGGACAGUUUCUUACGAAACUCAGAAGUUCUAUUUCUUUGAAAGAGAAAAGUCUAUUGGAUCUGAAGACGAUGUGAUUGUCUCCCUCAAUAUUCCUAUGGUGGCUGCAAUAUCCCAGUGGAGAUUUGCUGCUCGAAUAGCAAAACUCGCUCUCUCAUCCAUGUUGGAAGUAUUGAAGGAGAAACCAGUCGUUGCGCAUACGGUUGGGGAACUGAUGUGGGGCUAUGAUGAUCCUCUCCUGAAAAUUGCCAAGGAUAUUCUUCCUCCAGACAAAAGAUUGCCAUUUGAUAAAUUUGGAUUCUUCAUCAAUAAAAAUGGUUCAACAGAUGGCUUGUUUAAUGUAUUCACUGGAGAAGAAACAAUGAAGAAAUAUGGCAUUAUAGAUAGCUUUAAUUACAUGAAGAAAUUGGAUUAUUGGAAAACGAAAGAGUGCAACAUGCUCAAUGGAACAGAUGGAUCCAUAUUUCCUCCUGGAGUCACGGACGACACCGUUUUGUAUAUGUUUAAUGAUAAUCUUUGUCGUUCCGUGCCCUUGACUUUCGCUGGUGAUAUUGAGCAGUAUGGAAUCAUAUCAAAACGGUUUGCCCCACCUAAAGAUGUGUUUGCCGAUGUUGAUAAAAAUCCAAAUAAUGAUUGCUUCUGUGUAGAUGGCCCUCCUUGCCUUGGUGGAGGAUUGUUCAACAUUAGUGCCUGCAAAUUUGGUUCUCCAACUGCAAUAUCAUGGCCACACUUUUACCAAGCAGACCAGAAGUACUUAGAUGCUGUUGUGGGCCUCAAGCCUGAUCCAAAGCGGCAUGCAUUUUACAUGGAUAUAAGCCCACGCACUGGAACACCAAUUAGGGCCGAAGCUCGUUUGCAGAUCAACAUUGCUGUGGCUAGUGUGCCAGAAAUCAAACCAGCUGCUGGACUCAGAGAUAUGAUGUUUCCAAUUGUCUGGUUUGAAGAUGCUGUCACAGAGAUGCCAGGGCAUCUGGUAAAACUUCUGCAGACUGCUGAAAAUGUUCCUGCUGUAACCAAAGCUAGUAUGACUCUAGCAUUCUUUGUCAUUGGAGGAGUUUUCGUUGUUUUAGCAAGUAUAUCAAUACUUGCAACUUACUUCAACCUUCCUGUACCUUUCCUCAACUUGAACUAUAAAAGUGAUGAGAAGAGCGAUGAUAAGGUCCAUCAGAUUAACCCUACGGAGAGGAAUGCUUCAAGACCAGAAUUAACAGGACAUGAUAAUCCAGCAGUUGCUGACAAAGAUGAAGCAUGACAAUAUGGGACAGUCCCACACACGUACAAUAGAUGGCAAAGAAAUGGCCAUUAUCAUCCAAGUAGUUAUUGCAAUACUAGUUAUUAUCCUAAUCCUCAUUUUGCUAAUAAUUAUUCAUUGCCAUAUUCAAAUACAUACCAUCCGUCCCAAGCAGAUUUGUAUCGUGCAUGUAGGGGAUCAGGAAUGUCUUCAUGGGCAUCAUGGCAGGCCUAUCCAAUGCAUUCCUAUAACUCUUAUUCAGAAUACCCCUGCCAACCAAUAUAUGGCUACCAUACAAUCCAGCAUCCGAGGUCUUCCUCAAAUAGAUAUAGAUAGAAGAUCUAGUUUUUGAAUCAGGUUUUGUAUUAUUGAAUUUUAAAUGCAGUAAAAUGAAUCCAUCUGUGAACAGGGAAAUAGUAUUCAGUGGUAAUGAUAUAUCUUGUAUUCCAUGGUAAUAUCUUGUACACGAGGUCAUGGAAAUUGACCUUAAGAUUUGCUUAUGAUAAGCUACAGAAAUUAUUUUUAUAUGAUUUAGAGCUUAAGGCAUGUCAUUUUUGGUGCUGAAUUUUUAACUUUUUAAUAUUUUUCAGUAUAUGAUUGCCUUGUUUUUAAAAUAUAUUUCAGUAUAUGAUUGCCUAGGUUUUUUUAUUUUUUAUAUUUAUUUUUUUUGUAUUUUUGUACGUGUCGUGAAGACUGUCCUAAUUUUUCAGUAUAUAAGUUGUUUGAUACUGUUGUAAAUUUUCUUUUCUCUUAAGAUAACUAUUAACAUUAAUUUUUAUUUGUCUGGAAGGAAUUUUAUAUGUUUUAGAUGAACCAGAGCUUGAUUUUGGCUUUUAGGUUUGGAUAACUGUUGGAGCACUUGUCAUCAGGAAUUAUAAUUUAUGUAUAAAUUACUUUAACAGAAAUCAUCUAAACACUUAUGUAAAUUGUGUAAGCUUUUAUCUUUUGACCAUUUGUGUGGUGAAAUUGUGUGUACUUCCUGUCAGUAUGGUUACCUGGAAGUUCUAGAUUCUUCUUGGAAUCAUUAUUUUGUGUACAAUUAAACACAAACUGUCAUUAGUUUCAUAGUCGUGCACAUAAAGUGGCUAAGAUAUACUAUGUGAUAGCGUGUGGCAGUGUCAAAGGGAGUUCAAUAUAAAGAGGUUUUCAACACUGCAUUUUGAUAGUGCCUUACUUUUAGAACUGCUGAGUGUACAUGUGUUUCAGAAAUAAUCUCAUUUUUAGUGUUCAGUUAUUUCAUGAUUUGUUUUUGAAAGUAACGCAUUGAAGGAAGUUUGUGUGGAAAAGUUAGGUUUUUACUUGAUUGAAGUAUGCAAAGUGGUCUUGGAUGGAAGUGAUAAGUUGAACAUUCCCUAUUUCAUUGUAGUUCUAGAAUGAUAUGUAGUAACUGAAGUAGUAAUUAUUACAUGUUAGCUGUGAUGUACUUUAACCUCUUUCAAUAGAAAAUUGAAUCUCUUAGUUUUGUAUAGGUUGUAAAUAAAUCUGUUAUUGAUUAUCCAUUCAAGGUUCUAUGUAGUGACAGGAGAAUGUGUGCAAUUGCUCUGGUGAAAUCCUGGAUUAUUACUACAAAUGAAGUGCACAUCUGUUGUAAUGUGCGUUUAUCUUAAACAAGGUCACAUCUAGCACUUGGUAGUUUAUGCAGUGAUAAGACUUUAAAGAAAACAUUUUUUGUAAAUUUUUUUUUUUUAUGUAAGCACUAUUUGGUUCAACUUGGUUUCCAAGUGCUGUAAUUAUGUCUUUUUUUGAAAGGAGGGAAAUAAGUGUAAUGUAAAUGACCUACUGGUUUUUUAAGAGUUCUUGCCACACCAUUAGAACAGAUCCAUUUUAUUUAAUAGACCAAGUUCCAGCUGUUAAUUUCAUUUGGGUGGUAUCUUUUUACAAUUAUUACUAAAGAAUUUUGAACAACAGCUCAUUAUCAUUAGCAAAAUUCAUGGUAACUAUAUUUUCAUUAUUGAAGUGAAUUGGCAUGAAAUUUGGUAUUGAAGUAGAAUCGAGUAGUAGUUCUAAAGCAUGUAGAAAGAUUAGUACCAUAAAAAUACAGUAUUAAGGUUUUCUUCGAAAACAAAUUGUCCACUAAAGACACUAAUUCAAUGUAAAUUUUAGUUUUCCAGAAUCCUAAGUGCAUGACUUAAAAUUUUUUUAAAUCACCAUUUCAUAUUAGGAAAUAUGUCUAGUACUUAAUGUGCCAUGGUAUUUUUAAAUUUACAACUUUUUUUGCUUUAACACUAAACCCCCCAAUGGUCAUUCUGUUUCUUUUUAUUUUUUUCUGAAAGGCCUUUGUUUAACCACCUCAACCCCAUUUUGAUUUUUUUUUUUAUAUCCUUCUCUUUAGGAUGUUACUGUGAAAAAGUAGAUUUUUCACCAUUUAUAGUGGUAAUGUGAAUGAAUGCUCUCUUUAAUUGUAGAGAAUUUUGAGGAAUUGAGUUUUUGAACCAUCUGAAAAUUUAGUUAACCUUGGGCUUAGUGAAGUUCUCAGAAAUUAUUUUAGGUUCCUAAUGUUCUCAAACUCAAAAGUUUUGUUAUGUGAAGUGGAAGUAAAUAGUAUUGCACCAAGUUCUGCCUUUUCACAAAGGCAAAAGUAAAACAUAUAUAUAUAAUUGUACACAAACUUGAUGCAAGUAAGUAGUGGUCUGAUCUUUCUAAGCUGGUGAUGCAUUUUGUAGAAAAGGUAAAAAAGCAAUUCAUGUUAUAGUAUACGGUUUUGAUGAAGUUUACUGUAAUGAAGUUAACUGGCACUAUGUGGCGUUUUAAUUUUUUCUUAAAUACCAAAUUUGUCAUGUUUUUCAUAUUUUGAAAAUUGUGCCUUAUACUAUAUAUAAUUUUGUUACAGUGACUGGAGUUACGGAUUUCCACUUUGCUUGUCAGGUAUAAUUUCACUUAGUUCACUUUUUUUUUAUUGCCCAGAAUUCAAGAUGAUGUUAAUACAACCACAUUACUUCACUAUAUAUGUGUAGUUAAUGGGUUUGUGAUGAAUUCAAUGCAUCUUGACCAAAUUUGUCUAUAGCUGUGCAUUUUUUAAUAAUUGUUUUAAUGUUACACAGGACCACCACAUGUUGUUUUUAUAAUAAAAUUUUUUAUUUA